CUCCUCGGCCGCAAUCCAGUGGCACAACUCUUGCCGCCUCUGACAACCUCCCGAUCGACCUCCCUCCACUCUCUUGUCACAGAGGGACGAGCCUUCCACACGCGCCAGGCCAGCAAAAAUGUCCCAGCCAGGCGCAGUCGACGUAUCCACCCUGUCCGUUCAACAACUCUCGGCCCUUCAAGCCCGCUUGUCCCAAGAACUCGAGCACCUGAGCUCUUCGUACCAGCGUCUCCGAGCCGCGCAGUCCCGGUUCAAAGAUUGCAUAAAAAGCAUACAGGACGGCGUCAAAGGCAAAAGCGGAGAAACACCACUCCUGAUCCCGCUCACGACCUCUCUCUACGUCCCUGCUACUCUUGCGAAUCCUUCAGAUUCUUCUUCGUCCUCAGAAAAGUCCUCCGCACCUUCCAUCCUGGUGGACAUUGGCACAGGCUUCUUCGUCGAGAAGUCACCAGAAGAUGGAAUCAUUUUCUACAAGGGGAAAGUGGACGAUCUGACGAAGAAUCUGGCGGAAAUCGAGAAGGCAGUCGGAGGGAAGAAUGAGAAUCUACGACUUAUUGAAGAUGUGCUGAGGCAAAAAAUGCUCGCUGAACAGACCGGUAGUUCAGGAACCAGUCGACCACAAGCGCAAGCAACCGCAGGGUAGAAUGAGCCAAACCAGCAGGGAGAAAAAUAAAAUCUGCACCGCUUUUGCCAGCUGAAGUCUUCCUCACUUCCAAUACAAGACAAAUUCACCAUUUGCGUCGAGCUUCAAUCUUUUUUCGGGCACCGGGCACCCACUGAGUAUCAGGACUCGCCGCUCAAUGUCCUCCACGAGGCUUCAUCAACUUCCAUUCACAGAUUGCGGGCCUCCGUUCACGCCAUUCGCCCUCAUUUUUCCCUUGGCCAACCGGCUGAUUGCUUCUGCUAGCAAUUCCUGAAUCUCUUCCACCUCUGUCAUGAAGUUCUUGAAGCCUUGUGGUAAAGCGCUUCCCGUCUUGUCGCUCUCUGGGAAGAAGGUUGCGACUGACUUGGCCCAUUUGAUAUCUUCUCC